AUGGUGCGGUCGCCACCAGCACCAGCACCACCGGCGGCGCCGACGAUGGGGUAUUAUGUCCCCUUACAGCCGCCUGUUGCUGGCACGGUGGAAGACGGGGAAGAAUUAGGUGGAUCGACGAGAGCCAUCAAUGCAUAUAUGUCGUGCAAUUAUGGUCGUGGAGAAGGCUCCUCUGACGGCCCCGAGUUUGAUCCAUUUUAUAAGCUAUGGCUAUAUAAAGAAGAAGAGAUUUUCAAAGACAUUACUUGUUGUGCUGUCGCAUUUAGACUAUUGCGCAUCAAAGGAUUCGAAGUCUCAUCAGAUUUUCUGGUUCCGUAUGCGGAGCGAGAUCACAUUAGCCUACAAACGACUAGCGUGAGUACGAUUCUCGAGCUAUAUAGAGCAUCACAAAUACGAAUACAUGAAGACGAAACAAAUCUCGACGCUAUAAACGAAUGGACCACCACAUUUCUGAAGCAGCAGUUGCUGAGUGAAACCAUUCCUGACAAGAAAUUGCAAGAAAAGGUGGAAUACGAGUUGAAGAACUUCCACGGCAUACUAGGACGAAUUGGAAAUAGACGAAGCCUUGAUCUAUACGACGUGGAGAAUUACCAUGUUAUGAAAGCUGCAUAUAGGUGCCCCACGAUAUACAACGAAGAGUUUCUUAUAUAUUCAAGGCAAGAUUUUAACAUAUGCCAAGCUUUGCAUCAGAAAGAGUUUCAACGAUUAGAGAGGUGGUACAGCGAUUGCGGGUUGGACCGCUUGAACUUCGGACGAGAUGCAUUACGUAUGGCCCAUUUUAUGGCUUCAGCAAUUUUUGGCGAUCGUCAAUUGGUCGAUGCUCGCAUGUCAUUUGCCAAAAACGUUGUGCUUAUAGCACGUAUCGAUGAUUUUUUCGAUCAACAUGGUUCUAGAGAAGAAUCAUACAAGAUCCUAGAUUUAGUAAAAGAGUGGAAUGAGAAGCCAACCGUAGAAUACGGUUUCCAAGAAGUUGAGAUACUCUUUACAGCGGUGUACCGCACUGUAAACGAGUUAGCGGAAAUGGCUUACGUGGCACAAGGCCGUUGUGUUAAACAUCAUCUGAUUAGCCUCUGGGUUGAAAUUCUAACGAGUUUCGUAAAGGAAUUCGAUACAUGGUGCGAAGAUGAUGCGAUAAACUUGGAUAAGGAGAAGGAAGAAAGGAGGGUAAAUGCGGUGAGCAUUCUAAAAGAAUCAGACGAUGAAAACGAAGAGAUGGCUGUUUCGAAGAUUGAAAAAUUGAUAGAGUAUAAUCGGAGAAAACUGCUGAGAAUGGUUUAUAAGAGAGAAACCAUUGUUCCAAGAAAAUGCAAGGAUUUGUUCUCAGAGAUAUGCAAAAUGGGUUAUUAUUUGUACUCAUCUAGUGGUGGUGAUGAAUUUACUUCCCCGCAACAAAUAAUGGAGGAUGUGAAGUCAUUGAUCCAUCAACCCCUUUAUUCUUAA